AUGACUGGAAUUGACUUGUCAUCAAACCAAUUGACAGGUGGCAUUCCCAUUGAAAUUGGAGAAUUGUCACAGCUUCUGUCCUUAAACUUGUCGCAUAGCUCUCUAACAGGUUCCAUUCCAAUAUCUUUCCAAAACUUGACAAGGGUGGAGAAUUUGGAUCUUUCUCACAACAUGUUGAGGGGUAAAAUUCCUUCUGAAUUGGUUGCUCUCACUUAUCUAUCUGCAUUCAGCGUUGCCUACAACAAUCUUUCAGGACGAAUCCCAUUUGAGCGGCAAUUUUCAACUUUCGAAAUGCGAUGCUAUGACGGUAAUCCAGAACUCUGUGGAGACCCCCUGCCAAGAAAAUGCUCACGCACAAACCAACCGAAAGAGGAAAAAGACGAAAAAGAAAGCAACAGGAUAAUUGAUCACCCUUUAUUCUUCUACGCAUUUGUAACAGUAUCCUAUGCAUUCGGGUUUUGGGCUUUCUUUGGGAUCCUUAUCAUUAAAAAGAACUGGAGGUAG